AUGAAUACUGAGGAAGGAAUGAGAAAUCCUGAUGACACUGAGGGUACUGAAGGAGUUGUUCACGGUUUGAAACUCAGGGCCGUUUCUGAUGAGGUGCCAAUUUCCAAUGGAGAUGGUGUUUCUGAAGAGACUCGGCAUUUGAAAAGUGAACCCAUGAAUGGUGAUUGUUAUUUUGGUAUAGGAACUGAGGAAGGAAUAAAAAGUCUUGGUAACUGUGAACAUGCUGAGGAAGUUCAGUGUUUGAAAUGCAAAGCCAUUUCUGAUCAGGUGCCGAUUUCUAAUGGGAAUAUUGUUACUGAAGAGGCUCGGCACUUGAGUAGUCAAGCCAUGAAUGAUGAGUGCUGUUUUGAUAUGGGAACUGAGAAAGGAAUGAGCAGUCUUGGUGACACUAAAUGUGCUGAAGGAAUUCGGUGUUUGAAACGCAAAGCCAUUUCUAAUGAGGUACCAAUUUCCAACGGGAAUGGUGUUGCUGAAGAGGCUCGACACUUGAAAGGUGAAGCCAUGAGUGAUGGGGUGGUAUUUGCCAUUGGAAAUGGUGUUGCUGAUGUGGCUGGGGUUUUGAAAAGUGAAGUAUCGAAUAGUGGGUUUAAUGGAAAUGGUGUAUUUGAAGAGGAUCGACACUCAAAAAGUGAAGCCAUGAACAAUGGGGUGGUAUUUGCCAAUGGAGAUGGUGUUAUGGAUGUGGCUAGGGUUUUGGGAAGUAAAAUGUUGAGUAAUGGGAUGAAUGGAAAUGUUGUAUUUGAAGAGGAUCAACACUUGAAAAGUGAAGCCAUGAAUGAUGGGGUGGUAUAUGCCAAUGGAAAUAGUAUUACUGAUGUGGUUGGGGAUUUGAAAAGUGAAGUAUCAAAUAGUGGGGUGAAUGGGAAUGGUGUUUUGAAAAGUGAACUCAUUAUCAAUGAGGUGCCAAUUGCAGAUGAGUUUGAUUCUGGUGACGGGGGCUCUGGGGGACUUACAUGUCUUCGAACUUAUAAGAGGCGAAAAUAUGAUAAGUCAAGCUCAAAAGGCAAAGCUCAGGUGGAUUGCAGAAAGUAUGUGGAAACUGCAAGUCAUAUAGCAGACCAGGCUGUGAAGGAACCCUUUGAUGCAACUUUCGGCAAUACUGCAGAUGAUUGUGCCCAUAGACAUCGGGGGAAUGAUGUACUAAAGCAUUUAUAUCAGUCAUUAGGCAAUGUCGAUGGUGGCAUAGAGGGGUGCAUAGGGCAAGCACUAAUUCACCAUCCUCAAAGAAGUUGUGCCCCCACUGUUAUGGGAACUUCUAAAAUUGACAGAGAUGGACAUGAAUUCUCUUCACACUUUGACCACUUAUCUCAUAGACCACAGACUGAAGCUAAUGGGCAUGCACAUGUCAUGCAAAGUGGAUCUUCUAGUGAACCCCAUGGCGAUGGUGUGACUGAGAUGUGUCAGCGUGUGCUGCACAAUAUAUUAUCCUCAGAAGAAUUCAAUUCAUUACGCAAGAUUUUACUUGAAAAUUUCCAAGGAAUAAAGCUUGAAAGUGUAUUUGAUUUUAGUGUCACGAACUCAAGGAUGAAGCAGAAAACUUAUGAACAAUCACCUGCACUUUUCUCGUCAGAUAUUCAACAGGUCUGGAGUAAGCUUCAAUAUGUUAGUCACGAGAUUUCUGCUCUUUCUAAGAGCCUCUCCAACAUGUCAACAACUUUCUAUUCUGAGCUGGUUGGAAUUUCAGCGCAGAGCACAUUUGAAGAUGAAAAACAAGUGGAAUCGGACUCGAACGUGAAACCCGAGCAGAUGGAAGAAUGCACUACCUAUAAAAUUUGCUGUUGCAGUUGUUGCGGAGAAAGGGCAGAUGGCACAGACUGUUUGGUGUGCGAUUCAUGUGAGAAGGUGUACCAUUUGUCCUGUAUUGAGCCUGCAGUGAAAGAAAUACCUCACAAAAGCUGGUAUUGUGCUAAUUGCACCACUAGUGGCUUUGGAUCUCCCCAUGAGAAUUGUGUAGUAUGUACGAGGUUGAAUCACCGAAUGACUCCGAAGAAAAUAGUUGGUGAUGAAAGCCUCAUUAUAAAUGAGGAAACACUUGAUGAAUUUGAAGAGAAUUCAAAUUGCAGCUAUGAUGGGGUUCAAGUGUCUAAAGGUGAGAAAAAAACACGGGAUUGCAAAGUGUGUGGAAAUGAAGUCAUAGAUGGUGAAAAAAUUAGAAUAUGUGGUCACACUUAUUGCCCAAGUAAUUACUACCAUGUAAGGUGUUUGACAAGCAAGCAAUUAAAUUCAUAUGGUCAUUGGUGGUACUGCCCUUCUUGUUUAUGCCAAGUUUGCCUCAUCGAUAAAAACGACGAUCAAAUUGUCCUCUGUGAUGGCUGUGAUCAUGCAUAUCACAUCUAUUGCAUGAAACCUCCUCUAGCUUCUAUUCCAAACGGGAAAUGGUUCUGCAAAAAAUGUGAUGCUGGAAUCAAGGCAAUAUCCCAGGCAAAAAAGGCGUAUGAGAAUAACAAGCUGAGGGCCGGUGAAAAUGUUUCAAAGCCAAAAGCUAAUAAUGAAAACAAUUGCAACAAUAAAUAUGUAGAAGAAUUGGAAAGUGGUGGAGGAAUGGACAUGCUUUUAACUGCUGCUAAUUCUCUGAAUUUCGAAGAUAAUAUGACCAAAAACCAGUUUGAGUAG